AUGGCCACAUCCACGCCGACCUACCGUAUUGCAUCUAUCCCCGGCGAUGGCAUCGGGCCCGAAGUCGUCGAUGCCACCAUCCAAGUCAUCAAGAAGCUCGCCCAGACUCUGGGAAGCUUCCAUGUCGACUUCACGCACAUUCCAUGGGGCACCCAGUACUACAAGCAACAUGGCUGCUAUGUAUGGGAAAAUCACCUGGACACUCUCCGCCAGUUCGAUGCGACCCUGUUCGGAUCCGUGGGCGAUCCUGACGUUCCGGAUCACAUCUCCCUUUGGGGUCUACUACUAGCAAUCCGGGGUCCGCUCCAGCUCUAUGCCAACGUGCGUCCUGUGCGCACGUUCCCGGGCACCAAGUGUCCUCUGACGACGGCCAAGGACGGGAUUGACUGGGUUCUUGUGCGAGAGAACUCCGAGGGCGAGUAUUCCGGCCAAGGGGGUCGCAGUCACGUCGGACAGGAAUGGGAGGUCGCAACAGAGGUGGCGAUGUUCACGCGCGUAGCCAUCAAGCGUAUCAUGCGGUUCGCCUUUGAAACGGCGCGGUCGCGGCCACGCAAACACCUGACGGUCGUCACGAAGAGCAAUUCGAUGCGCAAUGGCAUGGUCCUCUGGGACCAGGUAGCGGACGAAGUAUCCCGCGACUUCCCCGAUAUCACUUGGGAUAAGAUGCUAGUGGAUGCGAUGACGAUCCGCAUGGUAUCGAGCCCGCAGUCGUUGGAUACCAUUGUCGGAACCAACCUGCACAUGGACAUCCUGUCAGAUUUGGCAGCCGCGCUAGCGGGUUCAAUUGGCGUGGCACCGUCAAGUAAUUUAGAUCCGACGCGGCAGAACCCGUCCCUCUUUGAGCCAGUGCACGGUAGUGCGUUCGACAUCACGGGGAAGGGCAUAGCUAAUCCAGUUGCGACGUUCUGGUCCGCGGCAGAGAUGCUGUCAUGGUUGGGGGAGAAAGCGGCAGCAAAGAAGUUUAUGGAUUGUGUGGAGAGGGUCUGUGCGGCUGGGGUUCUGACGCGAGACUUGGGAGGAAAUGCCAACACGCAGGAUGUCGUGGAUGCACCUGAUAGAGAUAAUCUGACUCACAUCCCCUACGACUUCGACUUCAAUUUCUUCCUGAUCUGUUCUUCCCCUGCAGAUGCUGUCUCUUCAUUGAAGCUCCUCCUCGUGAGGCAUCAUGUUCCUAUCGCGAUGGAGCCCUCAGAUCUUACCUCUGGCCCGCGCGAGAUUGGUUCCCUGACCUCACAGUCUAACGACGAGAGCCAGUUCGUCGGCAGCUCCAGCGGGGUGUUCUUCAUUAACACUGUUCGGCAAGCGUUCUCGCAAAACCUGGAUCAGCUGGGUGGUGCUUCCUCAGCACAGGGUUUCCCCCAGCCGGAAGACACUCUUUUGGGCAGCGAUGCAUCGCCUCACGAGAAGUGUUCCGCCCCGUCCUCCGCCAAAGUAUCCCCCUCGGUGACGGAUUCUCACUCAUCCCGAUGUCAAUGGGAAUACGAUCCCACCGUGGCAGCAGUCUUGGGCAUCGCACCGCCGGUGGAUACAGCCCGCCAGCUCAUGAUGGUAUACUUCAAAGUCUGGCAUCCCCUGUUUCCCUUUCUCCACGGACCGACUUUCCUGCAGGCCAUGGAGCUGCUUUAUUCAGAUGGGAAUCAGGACGUCGCCGCUCCACCUUCCCUGGAGCAUCGGAGCGCCUGUUGGACUGCAAUCUUCCAGUGUGUGUUCAAUCUGGCCAGUCAUUUACAUCCAGAUAUCCAUCUUCCGCCGGAGUCCCGCAUCGGAUCUCCCAGUAGCAUGCACGCAUUGCUCGGUACGCUGACCAGUAGAAAUGAUCUCCCUUCGCUGCAGGCAUUACUUGCCUCGCAACUGUACCUCGUGGCCAAGAUGUCACUCCGCACAGCAUCCACUGUGGGUGGCUGCAUGCUGCGGUCCAUGCUGCAUGCAGGUCUCCACCGCUGUCCAUUCCGGUACAGGGAGCUCUCCUCGCAUGAUCGCCAAUUACGCAAGAGGAUAUUCUGGUCUGCUUACGCUAUCGACCGUUAUCUCAGCCAGGCGCUCGGUUUGCCACUCGGUAUCCAAGAUUCUGACAUCGAUGUUUGUGCUCCGGGCCUCCAUGAGGUCCACACCCCUGGCACAUACAGUCGGGAAUGGCCAUCCUUCCUGCCCCCUUCACGGGACCAUCACGCAGGAAACAGUCCCAUGAGCCCAUUGACCGAAAAUCCCAAUAGACCUCACACAAUGGAGGACUCGGAUUCCCAACGAGGCAAAAGAGAGCUCGCAUUCGCUAGCUACGUCGAAUCUGGCAAGCUCACGGGUCAGGCGUUAGAGCUUUUCCACAAAUCCAUCCUCGUCCGUUCUGUCCGACGAAGCUCCGUCCUCUUCCUCGUCACCGACGUCCACAAAUGGUGGAACAGUCUCUCCAUCGACCUACAAGGAGUCGCUGCAACGUCCCCCACUUCAGAAUCACCAUUCAACUUUGGUCCCUUCUUCACCGUCCUCUACCAACAUCUCAUCCUCCUCAUUAAACGACCAUCCCUCUCCUUGAGCCCUUCAACCCCUGAGUUCGGUUCUGCCCUGCAAACCUGCAUCGGCGCUGCCAGAGAAAUCCUCGCCGCAUUAAAAACUCAGGUCGAUGCCGGGCAGGCUCUCUUCUGGCCCGGUUUCUUAUCCGCUGCGUGGAUGGCUGGUCUGGUCCUUGCCUUUGCCUGCCAGUUACGCCAAUAUGUCAUAGCCAAGGCAUCUCAGGAAAUAACCAAAUGUCUCGACUUCCUCCACUUAAUGUCCACACAAUGGGAAACAGCCAAACACUGCCAUCGAGCACUUACUCUCCUGUUACAAAACAUCCGUCACCAAUUUUCCACCGACCCCAUUACUCGCCCCUCACUCUUACAGACCCUAAUAAGUCCCCACGACCAAUCCCAUCCUGCCAACCACAAUAUCACCACGGAGAGUCGCAAACGACGGAGACCCGUCCCCUUCUCCCCUGCAAUAAUAGGGGAUACUUCUCUCCGUCCGGAAACAGGCGUGCCACCUUCUACACCGAAUCUGCGCCACGAGAGCACUGCUCGGAACGGCGGGGUGGGAUUGUCGGAUACUCCGUCUGUCCAGGAAAAUCAUGUCUGUCCGAUGGACAGCCAUUGUCCUCUCCAUACUGCUGGCGGGAGCAGCAGGAUGGGACGCGAUUUUCGAGUUGACGUUGACUGUCAAGACCAGGAUCGACUCUUUUUUCCGGAUGAGGUAGUGAUGGAGCUUGAUUCGAAUAUGGCGGAUUUGCUCCAGGGCUCGAAUUUCGACGACCUGGUUCAUAUGUUUGGGCAGCAGUACCCGAGUUUUUGA